AUGGCCAAAGACACCGAAACCGCCGGGGCAGUCCAGCCUGUCAACCCCUACGGAAUUGACGAUGCCAUGCUUCAAGAUGCCCAUGCAGCUGGCGAAGCUGAGCGAGACUUGAAGCUCUGGGCCUCUUUGAAGCUCUACCCCAAGGCUGUGGGCUGGUCCAUCCUGCUCUCGACAGUCAUCAUUAUGGAAGGAUUCGAUACUGUUCUCAUCGGAACCCUCUAUGCAUACCCUCCCUUCCAACGAGACUUCGGUAUCAAGCAGGCCGAUGGCAGCUACCAGUUGACUGCGGCCUGGCAAUCUGGUCUCUCGAACGGCAUUCUCGUCGGCGAGAUCUUCGGUCUUUACAUCUGUGGUUUCAUUUCGGAGAGGUACGGCUAUCGCUGGACUCUCAUUGGCGCACUUAUUGCAGUCAUUGGGUUUGUCUUCAUUGUCUUCUUCGCGGGCUCUCUGGUCCAACUGCUUAUCGGAGAGAUCCUGCUUGGUGUCCCGUGGGGCAUCUUCCAAACUCUAACAACCCAAUACGCCUCGGAAGUCUGCCCGACCCAUCUUCGAGCUUACUUGACCACCUAUGUCAACCUCUGUUGGGUUAUGGGACAGCUUAUCGCUUCUGGUGUCUUGCGCGCUAUGUUAUCACGCAACGACAUUUGGGGUUACCGCAUUCCUUUUGCUCUCCAGUGGAUGUGGCCAGUGCCGUUGAUUGUCGGGAUCUUCUUGGCUCCUGAAUCUCCUUGGUGGCUUGUUCGCAAGGGCAAGUUGGGAGAGGCGAAGCGUUCGCUACUCCGCCUUACUACCAGCGUCCAACAAGCCGAUCAGCAGACCAGUGUUGUCGACGGGCAGGGGCGGGCAGCCCCCAGUACCGUACCUGGCUUCGAUGUUGACAAGACUAUUUCCAUGAUGGUCUACACCAAUGAGGUCGAGAAGGCCGAGACUGAGGGAACAGGAUACUUGGACCUGUUCAGAGGGUCGGUGUCUAGACGAAGAACCGAGAUCGUUUGUGCUACUUGGUUGGUCCAGCAGCUCUGCGGUACUUCUCUGCAAGCCUUCUCAACGUACUUCUACCAAAAUGCAGGUUUAGAUGUGUCUAACAGCUUUAAUUUGUCACUUGGUCAGUACGGCAUUGGCUUCUUCGGCACCAUCGGAUCUUGGUUCUUUGUCAGCAAAUUUGGUCGUCGCGACCUCUACCUGUUCGGGCAGAUUGGCUUGACACUGGUACUGUUCAGCAUCGGCUGUACUACCUUCUCGGGCAAGACUUCGGCAUCUCAAUGGGCCGCUGGUAGUCUCCUCCUCGGCCAUGCCCUCGUCUACAACCUUAGCGUCGGCCCCGUCUGCUACUCCCUGGUAUCCGAGAUUCCUUCCACUCGUCUUCGGGGAAAGGCUAUUGUGCUUGCCAGGAAUACGUACAACGUUGGCGGUAUUGUCAUCAAUAUCAUCACCCCGCGCAUGGUGAACCCUUCGGCAUGGAAUUGGGGAGCGAGAGCCGGAUUCUUCUGGGCUGGUCUUUGCCUCUUAUGCGCAAUCUGGACUUACUUCCGCCUCCCUGAACCUAAGGGUAGAACUUUCCUUGAGCUGGAUAUUCUCUUUGAGAAUCACGUUUCCGCUAGAAAUUUCUCCAAGACCCAGGUCGAUACCAUCUUAAGGAAUGUUGAGCAUGAGGCCAAGACCGACAAACUCGGCCCAACUGCUACGCAUGUUGGUUAG